UGUCUGUGGGAGGGGCGCUCUCCCGUGGAUCAUCCACGCAUGUUUUCCGGCGGUCCAGGAGAAAAACUCCUUUGUUGCGGCGAACUUUUUAAUCUGGGGUUUAAAUCCCGUCACGGGGCGUCCUGCGGCUUCUUACUGAAAUCCAAACCCAGGAGCAAAACGUUUCUACAGCCGGGAACAUUUUUCACCCACUGGGAUGGCCGCGCGGGGCGUGGGGCCGUGGGGCCGCAGGGACACCUUGGAAUCCCUCUAGGCUAUCGGGAACUUUUCUUUCUUUCCCGAAGUCAGUUUCUGGAUAAUCAUGGCGCUGAAGUACAGCCAGAGAUCCCUGAUAGUUGUGUCUUUACUGGGGGUGCUGUCCGCCAUCAUGACUGUAUUAUCGGUGAUUUUAAUCUUCCAGCUGCAGACCCAGCAGGCGGCGGUGAAGGAGUCCGCCUCCGCCGCCUCCUCCUCGGCCAUCCCCGCUCAGAUGUGGGCCGUCCUGCUGCCGGUCUCCACGGUGCUGUCAGCGCUGUCCCUCACCCUCAACUUGAGCUGCGUGGUGGUGUGUCUCCUCCACAGCUACUUUUCCACGGAGGUCUGCAGAGGGGAGCAGGACACUGAGAGAGCUGACUGGUUUCUCCUGGAUAGCAGAGCUGUGCGGCAUGUGGCUAUUGGACUAUUCUGUCUGGGGGUGUCUAUCUAUUUGGCAGCCAUGUCCAUCUUCAUGCUCCUGAUAUUCGAGAUGGAAACGGGUAUUGCCAGCGCCUGCGUACUCUCGUCUGGGAUUCUAAUCCUGCUGUUAGCAGUGAUACACUCCCUGGUCAAAGCCUCCCAUAGCACUAAACACUAUAAGAGAGAUCUAGCCGACACCCUGUAUCAAAACGACCACAGCACCACGCACGCAUCGAGAGCCUGUGAGCUAAGAAUUGGAGUCGACAAGCCACGAAUUCACCGCAGCCAGUCUCAUAUCCAGCAUCCUAUCUCUUACCCGCCGUGUGGCAAUAUCAGGCAGCGCGAACAUUAUCAGCAGCAGUACUCCCCCACUGAAGGCACGCAGAGCCAUUCCAGUGAUAAAGAUGGAUACAUCGGAGGUGGGAGCUGCUCUCGAAUCCAUCGGACCUUGUCUACUGAAUCUGGCUUACUACAGGCGCAGGUGAGACCCUGGAAUGGGGUCAACAAUGAGAUGAGGAGCGUUUUAGCUCGAAAAUCUGGGAUUUCAGCAAAAGACUCAACCCUUGUGUGAGCAACUGUCUCUGUGUGUGUAUUUGUUAUUUGUUAACUUAUGUCAAAGUUAACAAAUAUAGUUAAGUUUGACAUAAAGUUCCAGUUUGUAUGAUACAAGCAUCCACUGGAUUCUACGAUAUACCCUUAAUGAAAAACACCCUGGUUUUAUACUAGAGUAUAUUUGAAACCACAAGAUGUAUUAAAUGAUCAAUUAGCUUUUAUCAAAAAAGAGAAAACCAUUAAAAACAACAACACUUAAUUACAUUUAUAGGAGUUAUAAAUAUCAAUGGUCCAAACAUUUGACCCCACAUGAUCUCGGAGUCAACAAGCAAGGGGGUCCUGUGCUACGUUUACACCUAACAUGCAGCAGAAACAGCUGCGUUACAUACAAACUCUACGGUUGACGCACAUCAAUGCACAUCAUAAGGUCCUGCAGCACAUAUCUAGCAGCAGGAGCAGUGCAUCGUGACGCAUCUGACCAGUAGAUUCAGCGUCUCAUGAUCUUCUGAGAAUCUGAGGCGUGUGGUGCGCUUCACAAGCGGCAGAUGCUGGAGUUGGAAAAUGUACCUUUUGGUGCUCGAUGCACUGCAUCAACCAAUCAGAGAAGCUGAUCUGGGAGCUGGCAGGGAGACAGACACAGAACUGCUGAUGCAGAGCGGCAUGAUCACUCCCAUGAAACUGUUUAUUAAAGCAUAAUUAACUAAAAACUACUGUAAAAAUAUGUUCGCUCUUAUUUUUCUGAUGCCUGCAGUUUGUUCCACAUACCUGAAAAACACUAACAUCUACUUCCAGCAGCCAGGAACAGUAGGGAAAAACCCCCUAAAGAUUC